AUGAUUAACACUUUGCAUCUUUAUGCAUACUGUAACUACCCCAAUAACUUGAAAAAAGCACUUAAAAAUAGCUCCUCAAUGAUUAAUAGCGUUUUCAACCAAAAUCCUUUAUCAAUUGCAAUAUUAAAAGGAUUCAAAAAUUGCAUCAACUCAAUCAUUCUCUCACUUGAUAAUUAUCUAGUUGUUCACAUAUAUACGUUUUUCAUCCAUUCAUAAUCGUUAGGGAAGCCGAUGUAAGGCUCGUCAGCGAUUCUAAGCAUUCUUGCAAUAGCGCCUUGGGCGACUGUAAUUGAGCAAUAUGUAUUCCACAUAUGGGCUGCUUUAUUUUUUUUAUAGCGUCAGCUCCACCUAUAGCCCAUCUUGUCUUCCAUCCAGUCACUGAAAAGAUUUUCUAGCACUUCCAAAAACAACUAUUCUAUCCCAGAGGUUCCCAAAAUUGGCUAUACUUAUAUGCUCUCUGCCAUCAUACGUGAUAUACUCAUAUACCUCAUCAGAAAUUAUGCAAACAUAUGGCCACUUUUCUAAAAUCUCUGCAAUUUUUUUCGAUUUCUUGUCUUGUGAAAACCUUCCCAAUAGGAUUGUGGGGUGUAUUUAUCAUAAAAACACGAGUCCUUUCGUUAAAAGCUGCUUCAAGUCUCUCAAAAUCUAAAGUCUAUUGAUUUUCUCCAGGAGCUGGUGGUGGGGUUAAAGCACACCAACUGGAAUUCCUCCAAAUAUUGCUGUUUGGGGUAUAUAAAGGUCAAAGCAAGGCUCUAUCAUAACAACUUCAUCUUCAGGGUUAACCAUGCCUAAGAGGGCACACAUGAUUCCUUCGGAAGCACCGAUUGUGACUGCUAUUUCUGCCAGAGGAUUAAUCUCUCUAUUAUAUUUCGAGCUAUAAAAUCUAGCUAAUUCUUGGCACAAAGGGAGGUAGCCCUGUGAUCUUGAGUAUUGGUUUUCAUCAGAGUUUGUUGCAUCAAUUAGAGCUUGUUUCGCAAAGUCAGGGCAUUUGAAAGCAGGGAAACCUUGCCCUAAAUUUAUUGCGUUAUAUUUUAUAGCAAGAGGUGAGAACUCGGUUCAUACCGUGUACUGAAAAGGUUCAAGCUUCUUUGCAAUAAGUUUCCAAGCUUCCAUUUAAUAAUUUUUUUCCACAAGGAAUAAGCUUAUAAAACUUAACUAAUAAACUUGCUAAUAAUAGGUCUUUAGUAAUCAUCCGAUAAUAAGAAUUUAUUUAAAUCUAUUCUUUGAUAUGAGUGAAAUAGUAGUUUUGGCGUUUUAAUAAUAUACAACAAAAUAUGCAUUUAAAAUUUAUACUUUUUAGUUAAAAUAAAAUGAAGAUUUCAAAGUUUCUAAGGAAUUUUGGUUCUCUCUGCGUCUGGGGUGAAGGGAAAUGCCUGGUCAUAAUAAACCUCCAGGUAAAAAAUUAUUUACUCCAAAACGAAUAGAAAAGACAGGUGAUAACCAAGAUUUCAAUGAAGAUGUAAUUUAUGUCUCAACUGGUCCUUCUCAUUGUGGGUUUAUUACAAGCUCAGGCGAUGUCUACACAUUUGGAAAAAACGACUAUCUUCAGCUAGGCCACACAUCUAAUUUCACCUUAGGUCCAAUGAAAGUUCCCUCAAUUCCACCUAUGAAGCAAAUCGAAUGUGGUGAAUUGCACACCGUAGCCCUUUCAGAAUCUGAAAGGUCUACUCAUGGGGCUAUGCAAGCUCUCAAAAUCCAUUACGCAAGAUCUUUGAAUGGCGCUCACGCAAUACUUUAGGAUAUUUUUUCAGAAAAUAAAGCCGAGCUACCCAAAAAAAAAAUCGAUGCAAUCCAGGACCAUAUCAUAGAAAUUGCUUCAGGAAGCCGGCAUUGUUUAGCUUUAACGGAUGAAGGCAGCAUUUAUGCAUGAGGAAAUAACGAAGUUGGCGCUCUCGGUGAAAAGGAUUUUGACAGCCAUUUAGAAGUUCCUAGAAAAAUCCCUUUUUUGAAAAACUGGAAGCUGAUAAAGUGAUUAAAAUUCUGCUGGAGAAAGCUCAAGUGCUGCAUUAACAUCUUCAGGCAAAAUCUAUGUGUGGGGAAAUAACGAAAAUUAUGAAAUUGGGGCAGGAGACGAGGAAGAAUUUUUGGAAACAAUUUGUGCUAACACCCCGACUAUGCUUAAAAUUAGUGAGCUGAAUGUGAUUAAAGAAAUGUGCUUAGGGACCAAUACUAUGAUGCUAAAAAGCAAUAUUGAACAUAUCUAUGUUGUAGGGCUGAAGAUAUGGAGAUAUCCUAAGAAAUUUGAUGUCCCAGCAGAGUUGGAGGUGCAGCAGAUAUGCUGUGGGAUGGAUUAUUUUCAGUGCUUUUUAAGGAAUCAAGGGUUAUGUAUUAUGGUGGGCCUUUUACGAAGGAUUAUUAUAGCUCUCAUAUGGAAUAUCCGGAAAAGACAGAAAUCACGAAUCCGAUUUUUUCCCAAGCCGUGUUCAAUAUAUGACAAGGAAAUAUAACUACUGUGCAGCUAUAUUACAUCCAAUUAUAGGACAAUAACUUUCUUUCACAAAUUAUUUUCUUUAUAAUUACUCUCUUUUUGAUAAUAUCUUGAUUUAAUAUUGAUUUAUUUUUCAAUUUCAAAUAUUUUGAGUCUUUUUUCAUAUCUUGUGGCAAAUCAGAUCCUUUUUAUAUGCCCCAAUUUCUAUAUUCAAUUUCAGAUUAAAUUUUGAAAUAUUAAAGCAAAAUUUCCCACAAAUUGUAUUAAUUCCUUGUUAAUUCCACCAUUUUCAUGUAAAAUUUUGACUUCUAAUAAUAAAAUGAGAUCUCAUAACCCAGCUAUAAUCACUCCCAAAGACAGACCAUAAAACCUUACACUAGAAUCCAGAUAUUCACCAGACCAAUACGAAAAUUCACAAUUUUUGCAACUCCCAAAUAAGCAGGAAUCAAGACUCAUAUUCACUGAGCCAAAGUCCAUCUCAUAGAAGCAAUUAUUCUAUGCAUGAGUUUUCGUUGAAGCCUCCUCUUCCAAAGCACCCCAAGCCCAGUCACAAGCGCACGAUUUCUGGAAAUCAAACAUAGUUUUCAGCCCUUUCUUACAAAAAUCUGGAAAUCGACACAGAUCAGAGUCAUAAGACGAAAUCCCCAGUAAAAACUGCUAAACACAGUGGAGAGAUAAAUCCUACACAUCUUAGAGAAAUAGAAGAAAAAAUAGACGAGCCCAGAUUAGUCAGUCAAGAAAGUGAAAAUGAAGAAAAUUCUAAUAAGGAGACUUUGGAAUUUCAAAAUAUAAUCCAUAUGAUUGAAAAAGAAGAUGAAAAAAGUAAGCGCAUGAAGGCAGAAAACUUGAAGAAAAUAAAAUAUUUACUGUUAGAGAGUAUGAAUAAGGAAGGAAGCAUUGAGUCAGAUUUAUUUGGCAGAGAAGAUAUGAUAAGCACUGCAUCUAGUAAAGCACACAACGAAUUUGUUUGCUUUAUAAUGCAAGAUACUCCAUAUAAUGCUUGUAUUUCAAAGGCUAUCUCGAAAUACCCAGAAGAAAGUGCUGUUUUUAAACAAAAAUCAAUUAAAGGUCAUCGUCGAAGAAAAAGCGAAAAUAAUUUAUUGUAAGACUAAUUUGAACUGCAAUUUCAGCUUGCUUUUAGGCAAUAAAUCCUUUUUUAAUUCACAAUAAAAUUUGUCCCCUAGUCUCAAUUAUUAAUUAAAUAUUGCUAAAAUAAUUUAAUAUAAAUGUAUUAUUUAAGAUCGGCAUUACAAUACAUCGGACUCCAAAAAUACUUCUGAAAAAAGUUUAUAAUGUAGACGAGACGCUAUUAAAGAAAAACGAUGAUUUUAUUGAAAACAAUCACAGAAAACUAAUGUCACUUGCAAAUACAUUGUAUAAUUUUGGGUUAGUAGGAGGUGAAGUUGAAAAAGAAGUAUUUAAACAAAAGUGUAUUGAACUAGUUUCGCUUUUUAUUUUAUCUUUAAGAUGUUACCCUCAAACAAGAGAAUGCGAUGAAGAAAUGGCUGUUCUUUAUAUGCUAGCCUGCCUAAACUACAAGAUUCAAGAUCUUUUUGAUGAUGAGUUCAUGAAAAGAUUAUCAGAAUGAAGAUUUGGAGAUUUUAAAAUAAUGUUUUACAGAGAAUCAGUAGUAUUAACAGUUUACCAACUUAGUAAAGGUGAAACUCCCGUUUUUUUGGAAGCUGAAUUAAAAGGGAGAAAUUCUAUUGAUUUAAAAACUUAUGUAGAUUCUUAUGGCAAUAGCUUUCCCUCUGACAAUAAUUUUCUUUAAUAUUAAUCAAUAUUUUAUUAAAAAACACGAAAAUAUUGGUUUAAUAAACCUAAAAUCAUUAUUAGAAAAGUAGGGUUUCUAAAUAAGUUUUUAAUUUACAAGAAAAUUUGUCCCCUUGUCUCUUAUUAAUUAAAUAUUACUAAAAUAAUUUAAUAUAAAUGUAUUAUUUAAGAUCGGCAAUACAAUACAUAGGACUCCUAAAUAGUUCUGAAAAUUUUUAUAAUGUAUAUGAGACGCUAUCAAAGAAAAACGAUGAUUUUAUUGAAAACAGUCACAGAAAACUAAUGCCACUUGCAAAUACAUUGUAUAAUUUUGGGUUAGUAGGAGGUGGAGUCGAAAAAGGAGUUUUAAACAAAAGGGCAUUGAGCUAGUUCAAUUUUUAUUUUGUCUUUAAGAUACUAUCCCCGAGCAGCAUAAUGCGACAAAGAAAUGGCUGUUCUUCAUACGCUAGCCUGCCUAAACUAUAAGAUUAAAGUCCUUUUUUAUGAUGAGUUCAUGAAAAGAUGAUCAAAAUGAAGAUUUGGAGAUUUAAACUAUUAUUUUACAGAGAAUCAGCAGUAUAUACAGUUAGUAAACUUAGUAAAGGGAAAAAAUACUUUUUGUAUGGAAAUUGACCUAAAAAGAAAGAAAUUCUAUUGAUUUUAACAAUUAAUUAUAAAUGUAAAAUAUACCAAUGAUAAGAAUAACAAUUGAAACCGGAAAAUAAAAUAUUGCUUUUGUUGAAUCAGACAUGUAAACGGAUAGCAUAAGAGAAACUGUAAAGAUGAUUCCUCCGUAGGAGAAUGUAGUACUCUUUAGGGUUUGUUUAAAAGCAAACCUCAAUCCUUUAGUAGUAGAAAAUUGCUCAUCUACAUAAGUUGCGAGAUUUAACUUUGUUUCUAAAUCUAAAUCAGGGCUGCUUAGAAUUGCCCAUUUUCAUUUUUUUACUGCUUCAGGUUUUUCUAAGAAAAAUUCGGUUGAAAUUGCCUAUUUGAUUUAAUUCUUUAAUUAUAUCUUGCAGUUCCGAAUUUAUUUCAAUUAUUUCCCUUCUUUUAUAAGGGUAAAGAGCAUGCAAAAAAGAUAAAGCAGCUACAAAGUCAAAGCAAGAUUUGGUAAUCCCCUGCCAAAAGGCCACUUGUUAGGGCUAACGUAAGCCCUGAGAUUAAUGAUGUUAGGGUGCAACUUGGUCCUCUAUCGCUCUUAGCAAUAAGCCCUUCUAACGAGGGUUCAUACAGCAUAAGUAUAUUUAAAUACCUUUCACGAGGAUGUGGUGCUGAUUUGAUAAUAAUCGAGUUUUUGAUAAAACCCUUCUCAAUGAGAUAACCUUUUUAAUCUCAAUGUUGUUCAAGGCACUAUAAUUUUUAUUAUUGUUGCAAUAUUCAAUAAGUCUGCAAGCUUGGAUGCGAUCGAAUUUUGCUGUUUCUUCAAGUAGGCUCAUUAAAAUAUCUGAUUUUUAUAAAGCCCCUCAAUCUAUUUUAUUGUUAGCAAACUAAUGAAACAUUAUUAAAAUAAUUUUAUUCUUUAAAUAAACUAAAUGUGUCAAUUUCUUAGCGAAUGAGCUAUGCUUUAAGUUUUAUUGCUUCAAAUGAUCUUAAAUAUGACUAUUUAAGCAGCGAUUCUAUAAGCACAAUCUGAUAAGUUGCAGAAUUAAUAAAUUUUGAAUAAGUAAAAAUUGCAAUUUAUGGGAUGUGUGACUAGCAGAAGAUCCCCUGGCUCAUUUGAAUUACAAACCAAAUCCAGACGAAGACAGCGAAAUCGAAGAAAUUACUGAGCUUCCCAUCCGUGCCCAAGAUGAAGAUUUUGACCUUGUCUCAGCUGUUGAGCUUUCUGUAUCAUGCAAUAACCUUUUGCUGGCAAAGGCAUAACUGUAGACCCUACUGCUGUAUUUUAUAUAGAUGAUGACAUCGGAAACUAAGCAGAAAAAGGUCGCACAGAAAUUCAAAGAAAUAAUCUAAAUCCUUCUUUUAUCAAAUCUUUCAAAAUUUCUUACUCAUUUGAAAAGCAGCUGCGAUUUCGCUUUGAUAUCUACAAUAUCAAUUAUUCGCAAGAUUCCAAAAGUCUUAAGUGGCAAACACAGAUAGGCUCAGCCAAGUUUAUUAUUCAUGAAUAGGAUUUUAACUCAGCACUUAGAUGAGAAAAAAAUUUCAGCUGUCCUUUUUCAAUUGCUGUUUUGGAAUUGAAAGAAUGGCUUAUUUUUCGAGGGAAAAUGAAAUUUUCUGCAUUAGUAUCCCUUCUCUGGAGUUUAAGUCAUUUCGAAAGUUUGAGGUUAAGCGUCGAGUUUGUUUAAAAAAUUCUUGGGAUAAGAAAAGUUUAAUUGCUCUUUUUGAUGAUGAAAUUAUUUCUAUAAGCUUUUCUGAUUUAGGAGAAGCAAAAAUGUUAGUUUCAGGCAAGUUUACCAAAAUCGAUAUAUCAAAUAAAGGCUAUUUUGCUCUUAUUUCCUCUGAGGACAGGCUAGUGCUUUUGUCUCCUGAAAGCGAGAAAAUUGCUGAAGUAGCGAUCGAACCAAAAAGUAUCAAACUGAAAUUUUAGCCUCAAUUAUCGAUGAUUAUUAUUAGCUACGUCGAAAAAAUAGUUAUUUUAAACUCAGGAACUCUAGAAAAGAUCCAAGAGAUUUUCAUGUCUCAGAAUAGAUUUGGCACCUUCUCCAUGACUAAUAAUAAAAAAUUUAUUCUGUUUCUAGAUAAAGAAGUCCUUCAUUUUUAUGAUUUAAGUAGCUUUAGAGACAAAGAAACAGUAAACGUUGAUUUUCAAAUAAUUUUUAUUGCACAAAGCAUAGACAAUAGCUUAGUUUUUAUUAAUGGGAAAAAAAGACAGUUUUAUGUGUUGGCUUUUCCUGUGCUUGAAUGAGAAAAAUCAAAAAUUAUUACUAGCAAUGAGCCCCUAGAUAGAACUAAAAUGGUAAUCAAGGAAGAUGGUUAUUUCAAGACAUGGGACUUUGAAACUGAUAAAACAGAAAAAAUUAUUGAAAACAAACCAGGCGGAUGAGAAGUUCAAAACGAGAGAGAAUUUUUUGUCUAUUGCUAUUCAGAUUAUACUUUUAGUAAAGUAAACAUUCCAACUAAAACAAUUUCGACUAUUACCUUAGCUAAUUAUUCGAAAACAAUGAGUCAUUAAGAGCCAUCGAUGCGAAUGUUGGAGCACACUCUUAGAUAAAUAGAUAUUUUUUAGAAUUAAUGGUAAAGUUCAAAAAUCUGCAAAUAACGAUACCAACCUUAGGAGGUGAGACUGGGACCCUUAGGAGGUGAGACUGGGACCUUUCGGGCGUCAUACAAAUUCAGAGAGCUUAAGGCUAGGAGGAAAACCAUCCAAAUCUAAUACCUAUAGCUAA